AUGUUUUGUUUUGGCUGUUUAGUUGUUUUUUCUUCUCAAUUUUUUGAGUUUAACUUCAGUUGUAUCAAAGGAUGGAAAAAGAGUGAAAGGGGGACAAAAGGAAAGUUUCUUUUUUUUUUUUUCUGUUGUUGUUUUCUCUUGGCCAGUAGACCCUUUUCCUUUUUUGUGUUUGUUCUCUUUUGGAUGAGUGCGGCAUUUCCGCUUCUUCGCGCCUUGGGAAAACCUGCACGGCUUACGGAGGUGCGAGUAGGUGCUGCUGAAUUGGCACGCCAGGCGAUAUUUGGUUCAUCCGAAACCAAACUGCUGUCGCAGCGUGUUGCGUGCGAAACGGCGGGAUUUCGAUGCGUGUACCACGUGGGCGAAGGUCUUGCUAUACCCAUGACAUUUCUUGGCUCCUGCAAGGAGCACGGCGAUCAGGUGGUGUUGGUUCAUGUUCCGGGUCUUCCUGGUGCGUUUCCCGUCUCUAUGGCGGAGUUGGGUCGUCACAAACACUUGUUUGGUUUCGAACCAGAGGGACCGUCCUCAACUACUGACGAUCGUGAGCAGUUGGCUCUUCUCUGUGCGACGGAGGCGGUAGGGAGUGGUAUCGGGGCAAUGAAGGUGCUAGAUUAUUUGCUCUCAGUCUCUCGAAGACGGUUAGCAUCCCUUCGAGGGACGGAGGUGCUGCUUAAAGUUGGUAGUCGUGUUAAUGGUGAGGCCCUACAGCUCUCUUUUCCGUAUCAUUGCGGUAGCACACAUGCCAUAAAGCGUUACUACGACAUCACACCUGAGGCAUGUUCACUCUUCGGUCAUCAUAUGAGGCACGGAACGAAGAUGUUAUGCCGCUACGGUGUAGCAGUGAUGGUAGGCGUUGCGCAUGAUGAAUCCCUUGGGUGUCCCGCCCCCUUUUGGAAUCCGGUGGGUGGACCAGCUGCAUGUUUGGCGCCAAUGUUUAACGGGUGUCAUGUGAUUCCUGUUGGGGAAGUGAAAUUGGAGUACAAUGGGCCUUCUACGAGCUCUGCUCUUUUGACACCCGAAGAUCCCGCGCGGUAUCUAAAUCCCACGGUUGACGGGACGUACGACGUUACCUCGUGGCUCAACGAGGGUCUUUUUGGCGUGAAGGUGGGACAGCGAGUAGAAGAAGAUUGUGCUGUUUACGGUGUCUGUUACAAUGCAGAGCGUUGUGAGUUUGAGUUGCACGUUCAAGAGUUACUAACGGGUGAAAUUCGCCCAUCCGUGUUGUGCUUUUUAACGUCGACAUGA